CUUUUCUGAUCUAUCCCUUCCUUUUUUUUAAAAAAAAACCCUUUGAAUUUUUUUUUAAAAAACAUAUAAAAUAUCUAUCAACCAUGACAGGUACAAGUAUGUCGUCACGUUCUUCGUCGACAAGUCAAACAAUCCAUGGAGAUCAAAAACGCAACAGUGAUAAUUCCAGAUCCACCCCCACGCACAAUGACGAGAAAUUAUUAAUGGAAGAAAUCGCCGCUAUUCCUGUACAAAAAAUCGAAUCUGUACACGAAACCGAAGUAGCCGACGGAAAAAAGAAGAAGAAGGAGAAGAAGGAAAAGCAACCUGCUGUCCCUAUUUACAAGCUUUUCCGUUUCGCUACUAAACAAGAGCUUUUGAUGAUUUUCAUUGCUACUAUUUUCUCGGCUGGUAUCGGUGCUAUGCAGCCUGUGUCUAUCAUUAUUUUUGGUCAAUUCAUGGCCACCAUCGGUGCUGCUAUGGCCUCUGGAGAUUACGAAAAGUUAGCUAUCGAAGCUCAUCCUCUUGUUUUAAUUUUCGUUUAUAUGGGUACUGGUGUCCUUUUUGCCGCUUAUACUUGUAAUUGUUUCUGGGUUUUGACUGGUGAAAACCAAGUCCGUCGUAUUCGUCAAAUGUAUGUCCACGCCAUUCUCCGUCAAGAGAUGGGUUGGUUCGAUAAGGCUGAUGAGGGUUCUUUAACCACUAGAUUGGCUACUGAUACUCAAUUAAUUCAAGACGGUAUUUCUGAAAAGUUUGGUCUUUUGGUCAUGUGUAUCGGUCAAUUCGUCACUGGUUUUGUCGUCGCCUUUGUAAAGGGUUGGAGACUUGCUGUUGUUAUGUUAGCCACACUUCCUCUUUUGGCCGGUGCUGGUGCCACCAUGGGUUACUUCAUCACCAAAUAUACCCUUAAAUCUCAAGAUUCUUAUGCUGAAGCUGGUUCCGUUGCUGAACAAGUAUUCUCUGGUAUCCGUACCGUUUACUCUUUCUCCCUCCAAAACCGUUUCGCCGAUCUUUAUGAACACAAGCUUGAAAAGGCUAUGCAAACUGGUGUUAAGCGUGGUAGAAUUCUUGGUUUCGGUUUCGGUUCCUUCAUGUUCAUCCUCUUUUCCACCUAUGGCCUUUCUUUCUGGUACGGUUCCAAGCUCUCUCGUGAAUUGUUAAUGACUGGUGAUAUUGUCCUUGUUGUUUUCUUUGCUAUGAUUAUGGGUGCCAUUGCUCUCUUGCAAUUACCUCCUAACUUAUCUGCUGUUUCCAGCGCUUGUGGUGCUGCUCACAAGAUUUACUCCACCAUUGAUCGUGUCCCCCUCAUUGAUACUGACAACGAUAGCGGUAUUGCUCCCGAAAGAUUUGUUGGUCAAAUCGAAUUCAAGGAUGUUAAAUUCAGUUACCCUACUCGUCCUGACAUUACUAUUUUAAAGAGACUUAAUCUUUCCAUUAAGCCUGGUAUGACUGUCGCCUUUGUUGGCCCCUCCGGUUCUGGUAAAUCUACCAGUGUUCAACUCUUGCAACGUUUCUACGAUGCUGAUGAAGGUUCUGUCUUUGUUGAUGGUAAGAAUAUUAAGGAAUAUAAUGUCGCAUGGCUCCGUAGUCAAAUUGGUGUUGUCAGUCAAGAACCCGUCUUGUUCAACAUGAGUAUUAAGCAAAAUUUAUUGAUGGGUGUUACCAAGGAAAUCACGAACGAUGAAAUCGUCGACGUCUGUAAGAAGGCUAACUGUCACUCCUUCAUCUCCCAACUUCCUGAUGGUUAUGAAACCCUUGUUGGUGAACAUGGUGGUAUGCUUUCUGGUGGCCAAAAGCAACGUAUUGCUAUUGCUCGUGCUAUUCUCAAGAACCCUUCUAUUCUUUUGUUAGAUGAAGCUACUUCUGCUUUGGAUACUCAAUCUGAACGUUUAGUUCAAACCGCUUUGGAUGCUGCUUCUGCUGAUCGUACUACUAUUGUUAUUGCUCAUCGUCUUUCCACUAUUCGUAACGCUGAUCUUAUUGUUGUUAUGGCUGCUGGUGAUUUAAUCGAACAAGGUAACCACAACGAUCUCCUUGCCCUUAAUGGUGUCUAUGCCGAUUUAGUUAGAAAGCAAGAAAUUGCUACCAAGCAAGUUGGCAGUACCGUUGAAGAACUUGAUUCCGAAGAAUUAUUGAAGCGUGAACAACAAGAAAUUGAAACUGAAAAGCAUCGUCAAGAAGACGCCUUGAUCAAUGAAAAGGAUACUACUGUCAACUUAUUCAAGACUACCAGUCGUGCUUCUGUUGAUGCCUAUGAACUCAAGCUCCGUAAGGAAAAGGAUGAACGUAAGGUUGCCAUGAAGCAAAGUGUUCCUAUUAAGAAAGUCUUGCUUCAAAUGCGUUCCGAAUGGCCCCUUUUGGCUCUCGGUAUUGCCGGUGCUGCAAUUGCUGGUGCCGUAUUCCCUUGUUUUGCUCUUAUCUUUGCCAAGGUCAUCGCUCAACUUGUUGAUCCUAGUUUGGUUCCUCCUGGUCCUAUGGAAGGUACCAACCUCUACGCUUUCUUAUUUGUUAUUAUUGGUGUUGCUGCUUUCAUUGGUUUCUCUACCCAAGUCAUCUCUUUCGAAACUGCUGGUGAGCGUUACACCAAACGUCUUCGUGCCGAUAUUUUCCGUGCUUUCAUGAAACAGGAAGUUGGUUUCUAUGAUGAUGAGGAUAACUCUCUUGGUGCCCUUACCUCCAAGCUUGCUAUUGAUUCCAAGAAUGUUAACGAAUUGGUAACUAAGACUUGGGGUGAUAUUACUCAAAUUAUUGUCACAGCCAUCACUGGUUUGGCUAUUGCUUUUUCUCAAAGUUGGAUGUUGACUUUAAUUAUUCUCUGUAUGGCACCUUUCAUUAUGUUUGCUACUGGUUAUGAAUCCAAGAUUCAUCGUGGUUUCGAAGAUUCUACCAAGAAGGCCAAUGAACAAAGUGGUGAAGUUGCUGGUGAAGCUAUCAAGGAAAUCCGUACUGUUGCCGGUCUUAAUAAGCAAAGUCACUUUGAAACCAAGUAUUACAAUGCUACCGAACGUCCUCAUCGUCUUGCUCAACGUAAAGCCUACAUGUCCUCUCUUGGUUAUGCCCUUCAACAAGGUAUUACUCUUUAUACAAACGCUGUCGCUUUCUAUGCCGGUACUCAAUUGAUGAAGAACAAUAAUCUUCCCUUUGAUAACAUGUUUACCUGUAUGAUGUCCAUCAUGAUUACUGCUCAAGGUGUUGGUCGUGCUUCCGUUUUCACUACUACUUUUGCCAAGGCCAAGUACUCUGCUAUUGCUGCCUUUGAAAUUCUUGAACGUGUUCCUAGCAUUGAUCCUGAACUUGAAGGUAUUGAACCUACUCGUGACCAAGUCCAUGGUGAAAUUGAUUUCGAAAACAUUUCUUUCCGUUACCCUGCUCGUCCUGAUAUCUCCAUCUUUAACGGUGAGUUCAACUUACACGGUAAGGCUGGUCAAACCAUUGCUUUAGUCGGUCCUUCUGGUUGUGGUAAAUCCACCACUAUUGGUAUGCUUCAAAGAUGGUACGAUCCUAUCUCUGGUACUGUUCGUUUGGACGAUAACAACCUCAACAAGUUCUCUCUCUCCAACCUCCGUAGCCAUAUGGCUUUGGUUUCUCAAGAACCCGUUCUUUUCGAUAUGACUAUUGGAGAAAACAUUCGUUUCGGUGUCGAUGAUGGCAAGAAUAUCACUCAACAAGAUGUCGAAGAUGCUUGUAGAGCUGCUAAUAUCCACAUGUUCAUUACCAGUCUUCCCAAGGGUUAUGAUACUCGUGUCGGUGAUAAGGGUUCUCAAUUAUCUGGUGGUCAAAAGCAACGUAUCGCUAUUGCUCGUGCCUUGAUUCGUAAGCCUAAGGUCCUCUUAUUGGAUGAAGCUACUUCUGCUCUUGAUUCCGAAAGUGAAAAGCUUGUCCAAACUGCUAUUGAUAACAUUCUUGAAGAAGGUGGUCGUACUACAAUUACCAUUGCUCAUCGUUUGUCUACUAUUCAAAACGCCGAUCUUAUUUGUGUUGUCAAGCAUGGUCGUGUGAUUGAACAAGGUACCCAUUGGGAACUCUUGAAGUUAAACGGUGCUUAUAGUGAAUUGGUAUACCAACAAUCUCUUAAUGCUCAUUAAGUGAUUUUCUCCCCCUUCCCCCAUUUUUAAUACACUAGAAUAACUUUUUCUCUUUUUUUUUACCCUUUGUCCGCCUUAUAAUUCAUUCCCCCCUUUAUUACUUGUUAUAAUAUUAACUUUAUACUACUUAUUUGUACACUAUUAAACUAUUUUUUUUUGACUUAUUAAAAAAAAAUCACUAUAUUAAACAAGAAUUUUUAUCAGUCAACUAAUGUUUGUAUUAUGUCUACUUGGUGUCUGCAUCUACUGUAUAUUAAAUAAAAUGUCAC